AUGAUAUCCGGGUCAUCAAAAAUAUUACUGUACAGAUUAUGGAUUCAGAGUCGGGCUGUUUACGCGAAAACUAUUGUGCCAUCCAGAAAGAUUGCAAUUGCGUUGGGAAUCGGAGCAGUAUCAAUAAGUAGACUACGAACAGUGAGGUGCGAUGCUGACCAUCAAGACCCAUGGCUGCUGGUUCCUCAAAAGAAGGUAAUUACUGAAAAAUCAACGGCGAUUGGAAUCAUCAGUUUGCCAAUAACGUUAAUUGCCAUAACCUAUACAACAAUCAGGAAAUUAUUGAGGUGUAUUGGCUUAUUCCUCCGAUUCUCUCCACUUCUUAUCACCUAUCCUCUCACUAAAAUUGAAGCAUUUGAGAAUGUUUGGUGGAGAAUUCUUCUUUGGUCUGUUCAAAACUCCGGACCCACAUUUAUCAAGUUGGGACAAUGGGCUAGCACAAGAAGAGAUAUUUUCAGUAAAAAGUUUUGUGAUAGGCUCUCAGUUCUACACAUUCAAACGAAGAGGAAGAGAUACUUCCGUGAUAAGAAAAAAAUUAUUGAUGAAGUGUUUGGAAAAGGGUUCAUGAAACACCAUGGAGAUCGAGUAUUCCUUGAAAUCGAACCGUAUUCUAUCGGAUCAGGAUGUAUUGCUCAAGUUUAUAGAGGAGUUGUAGAUGUUGCCGAAUUAGAAAAAGCUACAGGACGUCAUAUUCCGGAAUUGGAUGGAAGGUCAACUCAAAAAAUAGCUAUCAAAGUUGCUGAAAAGGAUGUAGAUAAACAGAUUGAACUCGAUCUUUCAAUUCUUCGCAGCGGCGCAUGGAUUAUGCAGCAAAUUGUACCUUCCCUAUGGUAUCUGGAUCCAACAGGAGCACUGGAACAGUUUGAAAUGGUUCUCCGUCGUCAAGUUGAUUUGAGUAACGAAGCAAAGGCUCUACAGAAGUUCUCGAAUAACUUUCAACCUAAAGAGACUGGAAUUAGAUUUCCCAUUGUGCUUGGCUAUACUAAAAAAGCAAUUGUGGAAACAUAUGAAGAAGGAAUUUAUAUCAAUAAGUUGGUAGCAGAAGAAGGACAACCAGAGUUAACAGCCAAACAGUCACAAGCGGUUCGCCGACGGAUCGCAUUACUAGGAGCCCGAGCACUACUCAAAAUGAUUUUCGUCGAUAAUUUUGUUCAUGGAGAUUUGCAUCCAGGAAACAUUCUGAUUCGAUUCAAUGAUAGUGAAAACAACUUGAGAGGAGUUCACAAAGCACCAAAAGCCGAAAGUAUUGUGAAAAGAGGGUUUGAUUGGUUCCGCUCACUUGUGAAUUGGAGAUCAACUCCACGUAUUCGAUUCACUGACUCACCUGACCUUGAAGAUGAACCCACUCUUGUUUUGCUUGAUACGGGAAUCGCAAUCUCAGAGACUCCAAAAAAUCUUCAUAAUUUGAAGUCUCUCUUUCGAAGUGUGGUUGAAAAGCGUGGGUACGAUGUCGGUAAACUUCUACUCACGCAGUCUCCGUUUCAACAGUGCAAAGAUCCAGAACGUUUCUGUCGACAAGUGGAAAAGUUGGUAUUGAAAGCGAGGAGUGAGAAGAGUUUGAGAACACUGAAUAUUUCUGCAUUACUUUCCGAAAUGUUCACAAUCGUCGCAGAGCAUAAAGUGGAACUGGAUUCUGCAUUCACUACAGUAAUUCUGUCAGUGAUGGUUCUUGAAGGAUUCGGACGGUCUCUUGAUCCAGAUCUCGACUUAUUUCAAUGUGCAAGACCAUAUCUUUUGAACGUGUUUGUAUAG